CUUUAACGGAGGUACUGUCAGGACGGGGAGGGGGGUGGAUGGGUUCAUCGGGUUCAUGUAGUAUUGGACGCCUCCUCCCAUUUCAGGUCGGCUGCUUCUCUGGGUACCUCGGUGAAUGGUAAGGUGUAAGGCCGAUGGGUGAUGACAAUGGAAUGGAAGUUCGAGCUGUUAAUGCUUACAUAGCCGAGCUUGACCUUUAUUCGUGGCACAGAAGCUCGAUCAGCUGAUGACUCCAAACUAGCUGCCAUUUUCAGUUCAUUCGAGGCAUCUCACUAACUUGUUUGUAGCUCCAGCCAGUUGUAAGAGUAUACCUGCUUCCAUCUCCUGCCAGUCGUCCACUGGAAUGGAGGAAUCGCUUUGUCCUGUGCUGUCUAGUGGUGGAAUAUAAAUCAUGAUGGCUGAUGGAUGUUGCAGAGGAAUGGAAAGAGGCAGGGGUAAGAUUGCAUCAGAUUCUUUACCAAGACAUGCAUAUCCUCAGCAAUAUGUCCAAACGGGAUCACAGCAGCAGGUAAAUGACAUCCAGGAAUUGGCCUCCAAACGCGUCGACAUCCAGAAGAAACGCUUCUAUCUGGAUGUGAAGCAGAGUGUACGCGGCCGCUUCCUCAAAAUAGCCGAGGUAUGGAUUGGCAGAGGCCGUCAUGAUAACAUCAGGAAGAGCAAGCUGACGUUGUCUAUGUCCAUGGCACCCGCACUACGCUACUGCUUGGGAGACUUUAUAGAUUAUUACGCCCGUAUCGGACUGAGAGGGGGCCUGGCGCCUCCGCAGGUCGAGGAGCACAGCAACAACGGCCAGGGCCGAGCGCACGACUGCCGCAGGAGAGUUCAGGAUCAGCACGCAAUAUUGUCUCCAACCGGCUCUGCGGUGUCCGACGACCAUGCCCACCGCGUCCUCAAGAGCGAAUUUAUCGAGAGAGACAAUCGAAAGUACUUUCUGGACCUAAAAGAGAACCAGAGAGGUAGGUUCCUCCGCAUACGACAGACUGUCAGCAAAGGACAUGGCACAAUGGGUUACUACGGCCAGGGCAUCGAACAGACCAUCGUGCUGCCCGCACAGGGGCUCAUUGAGUUCAGAGAUGCUCUGUCGCAGCUCAUUGAAGACUACGGAGACGAAGACAGCGAUGAGCGCGGCAGAGCCGGGUCCAGGUGCCGCGACGAAGACCCCGAGCUUCCAGAGGCUGCGUCUUUUCGGGUGGACAACAAAAGGUUUUACUUUGACGUCGGGUCAAACCGGUAUGGUAUCUUUUUGAAAAUUAGCGAAGUUCGACAGCCGUAUAGAAACACUAUCACAGUUCCCCUAAAAGCCUGGGCUAGAUUUGGAGAGAAUUUCAUCAGGUACGAGGAGGAGAUGCGUAGAAUCUUUUCUUGUCAUAAAGAGAAGAGGACGGACGCUCGGCAGGACAGCGAGGAGCAGGAGGACUGAGCUGGCUGCUUUAGCAUACUGUAAGAUUCUGUUACAGAGCAUUGUCCACAAUUGACAAUUCCAUGAUGUACUGCAUGUACAUACUACCUAGAGGGUGUACUUUGUUCACUUUUUUUGGCUUAUCUGCCAAGGGCUGGUAAAUUACACAUUUUAACCUGCCAAGAAGUCAUCCAUUCAUAGUCUAAUGCUACAUCUAUUUUCAUUUGUCAGUGCUCUUUAAUGCACAUUAACCUCAUAGGCAGAGCCAGCCCACCCUUAUAUGGGGCCACAAUUGAAUUUUUUAACCCCCACAACCAUCCCAUACCUUUUUAAUUGAGUGCAGGUACAGUGUGUAAUUGUUUAAUUCCAGAUGUUGUAGAAAUGUGACACCACUGAUAGUAGAAACGUGGUGUUGAUCAAAAAUUUCUUGUCAUGUUUUGCCCCAGAAGCAUAGUGGAUAAUAGUUUUUUGGCAACAAAAUUGUAUAGGAAAUUUCAACCCCAACCAGUCUAUGAAAGCAAAAAAGUAACUGGUACACAAUAAAUAAAAAUGUGUUCGGUAUAGUGUAGGUAUUCUGAAAAGUGCAAUUUAGGAAUUUGUGCAGAAAGAAAAAUAUUACAAUUUCAUAAAGACAAUUGCAAUGAAAUUACAAGUAAAAUUGAACAGAUAAUCUCAUACAUCAAAUUAAUGAUGACCAUUGAGACCCUAGCAGGACCUUAUUGAAAGUGCAAUACACACCCCAGUCACCAACUAACACCUGCAACCAUACUGGACUUGUUACAGAGGUGAAAAAAAUAGUUAUAGUACAGUAAGAAGGAUGUGAUGAGCAUAUCUAAUGUUGCAUUUCUUCAUUGCUGCUUUCCUGUAAUAAUGAGCAUUGACUGUAAGAAAUGGGACAGGGAUGUGGCAUUUGUAAGCUGCAGCUGCCAGUUUAGACUGACAGAUAAUAACACACAUAUGUGAUACACACUGGUGUGUGUGUGUGUGUGUGUGUGUGUGUGUGUGUUACUUUUCAGUGGAAUAGACUUGCUGUGUGUGUUUCAUUCAUGUGGCAGCAAAGCAGCACAUCCCCUCAUGUUGUUAGCACUGUUGUCAGUGAAAGCACCAAAAGUUUACAUUGGAAGGAAAUAAUUCCAAUCCUUUUUAGCUAGUGCAGUCCAUCUCCUGUUAUUAUAGCCAACACAGGCACUUACACAAGACUAUUUGUCUCAUAGUGAUGGUGUUUGUUUUAUUUAGCUUUGUUUUUCAUUAAGCUGAGCCACAGUAUAUCAAUGUUUUAUUAAUAUUUGAAUUGGCACUUGCCUUGAGGCCUGAAGCACUUGAAGAAGAACUGACUUGUAGAAUUUGCCGCCUGAAUAUAUCACUUUCUGAAUAUAUCCUAGAGUAUUUAUUCAAGGGAAUAGGUGUCUCUUAUCAUUCAAAACAUAGCUAAGACAAAGAAAACAAAGCAUGACCACCAUCUUAAAAGACAGAAAUAGAUGUCAUGUCACAGGGCUCUUAAAGAUAAGUGUGUUACUGUAGUUAUGUUAUUAGUACUAUAUGGUAAUCAAAUCCCAAUAGCUCAGAGUUAUAUCAUUUUAUUUCUGAAGGAAAGGUAUUUACAUGGGUUCUGCUGAGCCACAUAAAGCCAUCUUAUGCAGUUUGUUUUUAUUGUCCACACAGCUGCGUCUUUAGAACUUUUUCAGUGUCUGUAUUGCUGUGGAUUCAGAAGUAUCUGGCAGAGCUUACAAUCAUAAAGUCAUGAUAAAGGUGUGCCAGAUUGCAUACAAGCAAACCGUGUACCUGAAAUACACCCAUCAUGAACAAGGCACACAGCUAUGGGAGACAUUAACACUUUCUGCAAUGAAACCUAAUGGAACAUGUUUGCUAUUUUUUUUUGCCUUUGACUGUUUAGAACAGGAAAUUGUGGACAUCUUGCCAAAGAGAAGCUUCUUUUUAGGUUAAUUUGUAUGAGAGAAACCCUUUUAACAAGAGCAAGUACAAUUUAUUUUAGGUAAUCUGUGUAUGUAUCUUGUUAUCAUCUCUAGAGAACUGUGAUUUCUAUAGCAGCCCCUCAGGGUCCUUAUCCCUAGGUUAAAACUACUGGUGUUAAAGCCAGUUAUAUAGUGAUAUAUUUUAUAGUUUAAAACUCUUUGGCUGCUAGAAAUAUUGAGAAAUGUAUUUUGUAUUAUUUUCCCAGAUUCCCUUAAAACUUGUUAACACUGAUAAUGUCCGACAUCAAACAUGAAAAUUAGGUCAUUUGUUAUGUCAAACCUUUGAGCAGUAGCUUGAAAAUCUUCUGCCUAAUGUGUUCCAAAAUAUUUUUGACCAGUAUGUGUUGCUAUGGAAAUGUGUUCACACUUUUUCUGUCAUAAAGUCGUUGAUGUAUCAUGUACAGGUCAGGUCAAGGUAGAAACUGCUCUCAUAAGCUAGAUGAACACCACAGUGCUCAUUGGUAACUGGGAGCAAGUAGCAUAGAAAGGGCUCAACAUGUUUCUUAAGCAGUAGUUGAAACUAUCUUGUUUCUGCAGAAACAUGUAUUUUACCUUUCCUUAUAGUCUUCUCAUUAGCAAGUGAUGAAGUUGUUUGAAAUUCUGUAUUUUGCAUUCGUCUAAAUCCAUCCAAGUGCUGCUUUUCCAUAUGAGCUUGAAUGGCAGUUUGCUGUACAUUUUGCUCAGUGUAGACAAUAUGUGACCAUUAUGAAAGGAGAGCUGGUCACUACUGGCAAAGAGCCCGAUCCAGACCAUGGCUUAAACUUCGUACAACUGAUUUACUCAGUUGUUAUGCUCUCCUGAUACUUGAUAAUUUUUUAAAAAAAGUUUUAUUUUGGUAAACCAUUUUCUUCAGAAAAUGUUUUCAUACCACAGAAGACAGCUUUUUGUCUCAGGCUGGCAGUUGCCCAUCAAUGUGUAUUUUAAUUCAGACAGUUUAGCCACUGUUUCUACGGCUUUGUGCAAGGUACAGUAUAAUUCACUGCAGGUAACCAUUGCAAUUUUACACUGUGCUUUUUGUACUACCUCAUCCUUACAGUAUUACUGAAUGAUAUUGAACUACAGCCAUGGAAAUAGUUGUCCUCCUGUAGUCGUCCCUAUUGGAGCUAACAUUACAUUAGUGUUAUACACACCUCUUUAUAGCUUCAGCCCAGUUACUGACUAGUCCAUAUCUGAACAGAAGCAAUUCAGUCAUGCACAUUUUAAACCACCUUAGAAGUGUCUGAGCCGGGCCUUUGUCUAAGUGUAACUCAGUGACUGUCAUUAACUCUCAGUUUAGUGGGUUUGAGAUUUAAUGAAAUGGCUAGUUUUGGUGUAGGAGAAAAAAAAUGCAAAAGCUGGUUACAAUAAAUCAAUGUUUUAAGAUUUACA